UCGAAAUCCCGCCUUCAUCCCGUCGUGCAACGCGACAGUCGCAACAUGGCGGCCUCCGUGCGACUACAUAUUGCUAAGGGGGUAACAUGUUUACUGAAUGCUGCCCGUUUGGCCCCAUCUUCUCUUGUGAUCCCAGUGAGGACCAAAAAACGAUACAGACUUCCACCUAGGAACUUUGAUUCUUUGGAACAGCAGCAAAAGCAGUUAAGGGCUGCAGGCAUUGUGAUGCCUGAAGAUAAGAUGGCACAGUAUAUCACUAUUACCUGCACAAGGGGGAUCUUUGAUCCUUAUGUUCCUCCAGAAGGAGAUGCCCGCAUGUCAGUGUUGUCAAAGGAAGGUCUGUUGCAAAGGACAGAGAAGUUGAGGCAGGCUGCAAAGUCAUACACAGCAAUCCGAAAGGUCAGAGAAUGCGAUCCUGGCUUCCGCGUCAAAACUUUUGCAGGAAAAGCCCUGGAAAUCUUUAUCGAUGCACAUAAUAAUCUGGCAAAUUUUAACGAAGAGAAGCUUCACUCUCUAGUAACUGAACACUGUUACCCGGAAAUGGUACGAGGAAAUGAAUAUAAGACCAUCCGGUGGAGUUUUCUGGGGUCAUUGGAGCCCCCUCGAGUGGUUCAGGUGCGAUGCCCAACUAUGCUGAGCGAGGACAUUGUGUAUGGGCAAGUGACAGUUCGAAUGCACAUCCGACAGAUUUUGGCUAUCUAUGACCAGUUUGGGAGGCUGAUGUAUGGGAGUGAACAGAUACCAAAGGAUGUUCUGGUGUAUGUUGUGUUUGAGAAACAUCUGCUACAUAAGACUGGCCAGUGGAGGUUACAUGACAAGAUUGUUCCAUCAUGGGCUCCUCCAAAAGAUCCCCUAAUCAAGACUGUUAUGAGCCCAGGACCAGUCCGGACACCUUCAGAAGAGUAAGAACUCGAUCACCAAGAGGCACCAGAUCCACAGACUUAGUGUGACAAAUAAUAAGACCAAAAGAAUGAAACAUGGAAGACAAAAUUGGAUAUGUCGGGCAAGCUUCUUAUGUGUCAUGCCUCUGGUUAAGUUAUUAUAUAUAUAUAUAUAUAUGUAUGUAUGUAUGUAUGUAUGUAUGUAUAUCAAGCUGUAUAAUCCCUAUAUUACUCCAUAUUUUCAGCUUUUACAGUCUUCCUUGCUAGAAUAAUUGCUGUAUACAUUGCAACAUUGGUUGUAGAUUGACAGUUCCUUGAAUUAAAAAAGAUUAUGGUCCUGCA